GUGGGCGGGGUCCGCUGGCCCACAAGCUCCGCGGCGGGUGGGGUCUCUCGCCUCCUCCCGCUGCCACGGUCACGAUCCCUCCAUCUUCGGUCUCAGCGGAGUUCUUAGCUUCCUCCUCCCUGUCCCAGGGUCACCCAGCUUCGGUUUAAACGCAGCGCGGGGUCUAAACCCAUGCUACAGUGAGGAGCGCUAGCUCCCCCGCAGUACGGCCUGGCCGGGAUCCGGGUGCCGGUGUAUCACCCAGAGGGAGAGGCUGCCAGGAAGAGAGUGCAAGGACUAAGCAGCGUGAGGACACUUGAACUCACCCCGAGGCAUCCUGUCAGCUCAGGCACAGAUGAUCAUCCUUGCCAAGUGAGGGUAUGACAUUUCAAGGCUCCAACUGACCUGGCCGCCUACCCUAGUGACCCUGCUCCUGAGUGGACCCGUCUAGCAGGCUCAGUCUUGUUCGAGGGUGCAAACAUACAGGGUCUGAGCUUCCUCAUUGCCUGGCCCCGUCUGUCACCUGUCAUCAGGCCCCGUGUCUCACACCCUGGCUAUGUGUAGCUCUGAGGAGGCAGACUUGUUUCGGCUGGAGGAGGUCUUCUCAACCACCCUUGCCCGUACCAACAGUCUCAUUCUCCAGCCCCUGCUCUUAGCUGACCCAGAACCCUCAGACCCCUGUGGCAGAGAGUGCCUUCGGCUUCUGCAGCAGCUGCAUGAAAGUACGCAGCGAUUAUGGGAGGUGACGGAGCAGAGCCUGCAUUCCCUGCGGCAGAGGCUAUACCACCCGCCCUCCAUGGGUCCAGAGACCCUGCUGUUACUGAACAACGCUGACUGUAUCCUGCAGGCCCACAUGGAGUACAUCAAGUCGUAUACUGACUGUUUGGUGGUGCAGGCCUUUCAGAAGGUCUCAAAGAGGAGGAGUGAGUACUGGAGGAAGCAGCGGAAGAAGCUGCAGCAGCUGCUGUCCUGGACGAGCUCUGAGGGCUCAGUGGGUACCACACUGUGCCAAGCCCUCAGCCAGCCACUCACCCAGCAUGUGCAGAAAUAUGUGCUCCUCCUGCUGAGCCUCAGGGACACCCUUGACAAGCAGCACCCAGCCCAGGAGCUGGUGAUGCAUGCAGUCACCCUGUUUGGGAACCUGCAGUCCUUCCUGAGGCAGGCCUUGGACCAAGCUAUGGCCACACAGGCCCUGUGGUACAGCCUCAGCAGCCGGGUGAGGGAUGUGCUUUGCACCCCUACUCACCGACUCCUACAGGAUAGCCAGGACAUCCCUGUGGUGGUCACCCCGUUGCGAGCUGAGCGCGUGCUACUCUUUGAUGAUGCCCUUGUCCUGCUCCAGGGCCACAGCAUCCACGCUUUUGACCUGAAGUUGGUGUGGGUGGAUCCUGGCCAAGACAAGUGUGUGCUCCGCAUCCUCACACCUGAAGAAGAGCUCUCCUUUUGUGCCAGAGACCCCCAGGGCCAGGUUGUCUGGCAAUGGAAAGUGACCCAGGCUGUGUGCCAGGCCCUGCGUGGCAAGAAGGACUUCCCUGUGCUGGGGUCAGGCCCAGAGUCAUCUGUACCCCCUGACAGCCGCUGUGUGGCCUAUACUUUCCGCCGCGAGGGCCGGCUCUACCAGGCUACCUAUGAGGGUGAUUGGUGUCGGGCCAAACCCCAUGGCAAGGGAACCCUGAAGUGGCCGAAUGGGCGGAACCAUGUGGGCGAUUUCUGCCAGGGCCUGGAGCAUGGCUUUGGCAUCUGCCUGGUGCCCCAAGCCUCUGAGGACAAGUUUGACUGUUACAAGUGCCACUGGCGGGAAGGCUGCAUGUGUGAUUAUGGCAUCUGUGAGUAUGGGACUGAGGAGGUGUACAAGGGCUAUUUUCAGGCUGGCCUUCGGCAUGGAUUUGGUGUCCUUGACAGUGCCCCACAGGCCUCGCAGCCCUUCAGGUACACGGGCCACUGGGAGAGAGGCCAGAGGAGUGGCUAUGGCAUUGAGGACAGCGGUGACAGGGGUGAGCGCUACAUCGGCAUGUGGCAGGCUGACCAGCGUCAUGGCCCCGGGGUGGUGGUCACCCAGGCAGGUGUCUGCUAUCAAGGGACAUUCCAAGGGGACAAGAUGUCUGGCCCAGGCAUCCUGCUAUGUGAGGAUGACACUCUGUACGAGGGUACUUUCACCAGGGACCUGACACUCCUAGGGAAGGGCAAGGUCACCUUCCCCAGCGGUUUCACCUUGGAUGGUUCUUUCAGCAGUGGCACAGAUAAAGGCCUGUACACACAGGGGGUGCUGGACACAGCCGCCACCCCGCCCAACCCAGCCAGUACUAGAAAGAGACAGCUGGGGCUGGGUGCCUUCCCUGUGGAGAGCCGCUGGCAGGGAGUCUACAGACCUUUCCAGGACUUCGUGCGUUCAGGCUGUCCCGGGGAACUGCAGGAAGCCCUCUUGGGCUUCCAUGUGCAGAGCUCCAGGGAGCUCCGCGAGUCCCAGGAGUACCUGAGCUGUGAGAGGAGCCACCCCAAGGACCGUGCGGGCAGCAUGGAAGAUAUCCUGAAGGAGCUGCUGCAGCACCGAGAGCCCCAGGCCCUGCAGCAGUACCUCAGGAAGGCUCUGAGCAAUUCCCGACACCCCUUGGGGAAGUUACUCCGUACCCUGAUGCUGACCUUCCAGGCCACAUAUUCGGGCAUAGGAGCCAACAAACACCUACAGGGGAUGGCUCAGGAGGAGGUGAAGCAACACGCCCAGGAGCUUUGGAUGGCCUACAGGGGUCUGCUGAAGGUUGCCUUACAGCGCCAGGGACAGACCCUGGAGGAGGAGGACAUGGAGACAAGGGACCUGCAGGUGCAUGGGUUGCUGCUGCCCCUCAUCUUGCCCAGCUUCUACUCGGAGCUCUUCACACUCUACCUGCUUCUUCAUGAGAGAGAGGAUGGGUUGUACAGCCAGGGCAUCACUAACCUCAGCCUGUUCCCUGACACGAAGCUGCUGGAGUUCCUGGAUGUGCAGAAGCACCUGUGGCCCCUCAAGGACCUCUGGCUGACAAGCAAUCAGAGGUAUUCUCUGGUCCGGGACAAGUGUUUCCUGUCAGCCACUGAGUGUCUGCAGAAGAUCAUCACCACCGUGGACCCCCGGGAGAAACUGGAAGUGCUGGAGAAGACCUAUGGGGAAAUCGAGACCACGGUGUCUCGGGUGCUGGGCCGGGAAUACAAACUCCCCAUGGAUGACCUGUUGCCGCUACUUAUCUACGUGGUGUCGCGGGCUCGAAUUCAGCAUCUGGGAGCCGAGAUCCACCUGAUCCGGGACAUGAUGGACCCCGCCCACACAGGUGGCCUCCAUGACUUCCUGCUCACAGCUUUAGAGUCCUGUUAUGAGCACAUCCAGAAGGAAGACGUGCGUCUGCACCGCCUGCCUGGCCACUGGAACUCUAGAGAACUCUGGUGACAUGGCCACUCUGGAUCAAGGGCAAAGCUAGGGACACGUGGCUGCAGUGGACCUUUGUGGGGCGAGCACUCCCCUUUGCCUGGGUCAAGGCAGGCUAUGGAGGUGCUCCUCAAAAGAGAUGGUGUUUUGCUUCCUACAGGGACAUGCCCAGCUGCCACAGUGUGACCCCCAUAGCUGAUAACUCUCCAUUGGCCUCUGGUCUGGGCUCUGAUAACACCCCCCACCCCCACCCCCACCCCCACUGGAAGUAGCACCGUCUUGGGUGAGGAGCCCUAGCUUCACUCUGCUCUCUCCAGGCUCUGUGCCAUGUGAUGUUGGAGAUGAUUUCCAAUGUUCUUCCAGUCCAGUACACUGAGCUCUGCAGCCCUCCCCAAGAUCUGGCUUCAUGCAGUUCUUUGGUCGGAAAUGGAAAUUCUCACUGUUUAUCCCAUUCCUGUUCCUCGGCUCCUGGCUAAGAAGGUCCUAAGCUGGAGAAGGCUUGGUUUGUUCCAUUCCUUUUCCCAUGAGUAUCUGCCUGGGGACCGGUCUCCUUAGCUGAGCUUCAGGCUUGAGCUGGCCUCUCAGGAGGACCGUGGGACAGGAAAACUUAGCUCCACACCAAGCUCUUACAGGCCCUGCCCUUUGCAAAGGCAUGGGAUGUAAACACCAGCAAUUAUUCCCUUCGCUUACCAGCAGACCACAGGUGGCCUGUAAAUGAUGUGCCUGAGACACUUGGGGGCUCUCUGUGGGAGGGAUAGCAGGAAUAUUCCAGGCUUGCUAGUGCCCUAACAGAUGAACAAGUCUGGGUACAGUGCUGGCCUCUGGGUCACUGUUUCUGGCUCACACCACUGUACCCCGUCACCCUGUGUGGGAAGGGCCAAGGGACAUGUUGAGAAAGGUACACACCCAAAGCCAGGGCUGAGACCCCUGGGAGCCUCAGGGAGGACCACAUUCAGAGCUUCUCAGAAAGUAUGGAGCACUGUUCUCCUACCUUGCUGUCCCCAGAGCAAGCCAAGGCUUUCACUGGCUGGAUCCACCAAAUGCUUCAGUUUAGGGCUGGGGCUUGAGUUCUGCCAGGAGGCCUCUCUCUCUCAAUGACAGCCUCAAGUACCUGUGACCGAAACCCUGCUUCCCACUCCCCUGUUCCCAACACUAACUGAACUUGGGCCUCUGGUCCUUGUGGGUCUACAGGGUUUCCAUAGUGUCCUGGUAAGUUCCAAGCCCAAGGGGUGCCAGCCAGCCACCCCCAUUUGGCGCUUCUGGAGGCUGGUAGGGCUGUGUCAGUGAAGGCCUCUCCCAUGUGGGUUCUUUUAUAGGUGUUAACUGUCCGGCCUAGAACACCUUCUUUUUUUUUUUUUUCUUCUGACAUGUGAGGGCAGUCUUAGGAGUUCACGGUUGCUAUCAUCAGUACCCUUACUGCCAUCAGAGAGAGAAUCUGCAGGCCCCCUCCGCAGUCCACCUCACUUCAUGUCUUCCUAGAAAGUAGGCCUGGGAGUCCCGAGGGAAGAAUGUCAAAGAGGAGAUAAUGAUAUGAUUUAAGUCUCUUACAUCUAAGCUGGGCCUUCUUCAUUUUCCCUCCUGCCUCAUAAUGGUUUAUUUUUGUUUUUUGCUAGCUACUUCUCUGGGGGGGCGGCCACAGUUACAGUCUACUUAUUUAUUCGGCAUUUUUAAUAAAUCCGUUUCGUCUUUAUGUGUGUGUGCAUAAAGGCAAGAUUUC